GCAUCUUCAGUAUGGGCACCCGACUGUGAUAGCUUUCGGCUUCACAGCCGGGUACCCACUGCGCAUGCGCGAGUAGCGCUGCGCUUCGUGAAUGGUCCUGUAGUCUUCUGGGACCUGUCACGUGUCCCAAAAGACUACAGGGAGAGAGGGGGGAGGACAACUUCUGCUUCCGAUCGCCUAGGCGAUAACAGCAGACGUGGGAGCGGGUACCUGUCAAGUUCGGGUACCGGCUCCCCAAAGGUGCCAAUCCUUAAUGGGGAGUGGGGGACAAAGGCUUACUUCCCCUUUUGGGUGGAGCUCUGC